UUGUUUUAAGUAUCGAUUUAAACACUCAAACUAUAGCAAUGCUAUUGCAAUUGUAUAUAGUUAUUGCUUGUAUAGUUCUGUUGAUAUUAAGAAUGAAAUGGAACCAACAUAAACAAUUGAAACGUCUGAAAGAGUAUAAUUUACCAAUUCGUCCAGUUAUCGAUGUAAUUCAUAUAUUUUAUACAUCAAUAAUGAAUAGAAAUAACCCAGAUUAUAAUCCAUACGUUUGGAUUUUUCAAUAUUUAUGUGCAAACAGCCGUAUAUACGAUAGAGAAAGAAUUUAUUCGAUUUGUGUGGCUGGAAACGUAUUUGUACAUCUAUACAAACCGGAAUUUAUAAAAACAAUUAUAAACAGUCACACGGUUCUAGAUAAAGGUUUGAUGUAUAAACCUAUAAAUUCGUGGCUAGGAAAUGGGUUAAUAACUAGAUCCAGAGAAUUAUGGAAGCCAAGACGAAAGUUAUUAACACCAGCAUUUCAUUUUAAAAUUCUAGAAAGUUUUCAUACAGUUAUCAAUAAACAUUGUUUUAUUUUAAUCGAUAAACUAGAGAAAAAAGUACAAGAUCCAUGGGUGAACAUCACUCGCAUGUUAUCCUUAUGCACUCUUGAUAUUAUAGCAGAAACUGCAAUGGGAGUAGAAAUAAAUGCUCAACGCGACGAAGAAUCUGAAUAUGUCAAGAAUGUUAACAGAAUUGAAGAAUUGAUAUUGUUGAGAAAUAUGCAUCCUUGGAUGUGGUCUGAUAUGCUCUUUAGUAUAUCCUCAUCAGGAAGAGAAUUUAAUCGUGUACUUAAUACAGUACAUAACUUUACUAGAAAGGUAAUAUCUGAAAGGAAACAAGAAAUGCAAGAAUAUUUAAAAGAUAACAAAGUCUCUAUCGAUGAAGAUUCUGAAAAUGUAUAUACUCAGAGUAAGAAUAGAAAACCAUUCCUCACCCUUCUUCUCCAUCAUCAUUUGAAUAAUGGAGACAUCACUGAAGAAGAUAUCAGAGAAGAAGUGGAUACCUUCAUGUUAGCUGGCCACGAUACUACGUCAGUAGGCAUUUCAUGGACAUUAUACAAUCUCGGACUUUAUCCCGAUAUACAGCAGAAAGUAUACGACGAAGUUGUUAGUGUAUGUGGAAAUGAUAAGAGAACACCAAUUACAUCAGAAGAUAUCAAAGAGAUGAAGUAUUUAGAAUGUGUUAUAAAGGAAUCACUAAGACUUUAUCCUCCAGUUCCUUUCAUUGCUCGUUCGCAUCCUGAAGAAUUUAAGAUAGGUGAUAAAAUUAUGCCAAAAAAUGCAGUUGUACACAUACUUAUACAUUCCAUACAUCGAGAUCCUGAAUUCUAUCCAGAUCCUGAAUCAUUUAAGCCUGAGAGAUUUUAUCCUGAGAAUUGUAGUGAAAGAAAUCCUUUCGCAUAUAUUCCAUUUUCGGCAGGAUCACGAAAUUGCAUUGGACAGAGAUUCGCCCUAAUGGAAGAGAAAGUGGUGAUAGCUAAUGUAUUACGUUACUUCCGGAUAUAUGCCAAAGAGAAACCUGAUAAAAUGAUCGAAUGCGGUCAAUUAGUACUUAGAUCUGUGAAUGGUAUACAUUUAAAAUUCGAGAAAAGAACAUUCAAAUGAAUACAUCCAAUACCAGAAGAUGGGUAUAUAUUUUGUAUCUGUAUUUAAACACCAGACUUGAUGUGUAGCAACUAUUAUACUUUCGAAAUAAUAAAAAAAAUAUUGUAAAAAUACUUGAAUUUU